AGACGUUUUUAGUCAGUCAGGGACUGCGUUGCUUAGCAGCUCGGAGCAGGACUUUUCUCCCCUGUCUCUCCGCGGAUUUGUCCUCGAAGGCACCACCGGCAUGGCCUACAGCGUGACUCUCAAGGGACCCUCCCCGUGGGGGUUCCGCCUGGUCGGGGGACGGGACUUCAGCACGCCGCUGACCAUCUCCCGGGUAACGGCAGGCAGCAAGGCGGCUCAAGGCGACCUGUGCCCUGGCGACACCAUCCUGGCCAUUAAUGGCGACGUCACCGAGCACAUGACCCACAUGGAGGCCCAGAACCGGAUCAAAAACUGCACCCAGCAGCUCUCGCUCAUCAUCAGCAGGUCAGGAUCGGAGGAGCGAGUGUGGUCGCCGACGGUUAGUGAAGACGGCAAGACAAGCCCCUACACGGAGACUGAUUCCCAGAAAUUCCGGCCAAUCACCAGCGGCUACACCAACUACAGCCGCAAGUCCUCGUACACGCCCGAGCCGCAGGUGCCGCCGCCUCCGCCACCACCGCCCCCUCACACGAACAACGGCCACUCCAAGAUGGCCGCCAACAACAACAACAACCACCACAACAACGGCCACAGUUACCCGUACGGCAAUGGCACCGGGGGCCACGCCACGUACAACAACCCGGCCGGACUGUACUCGCCCAACGGGGGCAACGCGGACAGAUCUCUGCCAGGAAAACUGGGGGGUCUCAGCCUGAGCGCCUCUCACAGCCCCGAGCCCCACCAGCUGUCCCCUGCGGGCCGCAACGGCGCGGACAUGCAGUCGCACGUCUACAAGAUGCUGACGGACUACGAGGAGCCGUCCUCGGAGCCUAAACAGUCCGGAUCCUUCAAAUACCUUCAGGGAAUCCUGGAAGCUGAGGACGGAGGCGUGUCGCCAACCGACAGGAUGAGGAACCUCAAGUCUCCGGUCAGAUCCCCCAUCCAGAAGCUGGGGAGUCCGAUCCCUGGCGCCAUGCCUGGUCUACAGAUGCUGCCCCAGUGCACACGCUGCUGUAACGGCAUCGUGGGCACCAUCGUGAAGGCGCGGGACAAACUGUACCACCCCGAGUGCUUCGUGUGCGACGACUGCGCCGCCAACCUCAAGCAAAGGGGCUACUUCUUCAUCGAGGACAAUCUGUACUGUGAGACCCACGCCAAGGCCCGCGUGCAGCCCCCGGAGGGCUACGACGUGGUGGCCGUCUACCCCAACUCCAAGGUGGAGAUCGUCUGAGGCGGCAAGGAAAGGUCAGCAAGUGUCUACUGAGUGUCCUCCUCGUCCCCAACCACAUCUUCCCCCGGGGGUCUUUCUGCGGCGCGCUAACACCUCAUCGCUUCUGUCACUUUUUGUCCUGUUAGUCACCGGCGCUGUGGCUGGAAUGUCGGCGUGUUGACCUUUGACCUGAGCUAAACCACUCCAUAUGCUCGCUCCACCUUGGCUAAAGUAAACAAACCCAGAAGGAGGCUCUCAUUACGCUACGGUCAGAUUUUCAUUUCCUCCUGUGCGGGCCCACAAAAAAACGUAAUGUUAAUCAUAUUCAGAUUCCAUACUUCUACACUCACAAGAGUAUUUCCUCUAAUAGUGGCCUGAAGUGCGUUUAUACUCAACUGCAGAAGGGACCAGGCAUGAAGACGGCGUCUUAUCGUUCCAAGAAAUUUUCCAUCAAUAUAAAAGCAAUAUUCUACAUUUGCAAAUGUAUUUUUAGGGACCGAGUCCCUUUGGGACAGAGGACCCUAUUGUAUUUCUAGCCUUUUAUUAUUAUUAUUAGGGACCGCAAUGUCCCUUUGGGACAGAGGACCCUAUUGUAUUUCUAGCCUUGUAUUAUUAUUAUUAGGAACCGCAAUGUCCCUUUGGGACAGAGGACCCUAUUGUAUUUCUAGCCUUUUAUUAUUAUUAUUAGGGACCGCAAUGUCCCUUUGGGACAGAGGACCCUAUUGAAUUUCUAGCCUUUUAUUAUUAUUAUUAGGAACCGCAAUGUCCCUUUGGGACAGAGGACCCUAUUGUAUUUCUAGCCUUUUAUUAUUAUUAUUAGGGACCGCAAUGUCCCUUUGGGACAGAGGACCCUAUUGUAUUUCUAGCCUUUUAUUAUUAUUAUUAGGGACCGCAAUGUCCCUUUGGGACAGAGGACCCUAUUGAAUUUGUAAGGUUUUAUUAUUAUUGUUAUACCGCCGCCUCUUUGAGCUGUAAUUUGGCCCCCUUAACAUGCUUCAAAACUCACCAUAUUUGACACACACAUCAGGACUGGCGAAAAUUGCCAUCUAAUAAAAAAACCCACCCCCAAAACUCAAAAUUGCGCUCGAGCGCCCCCUAGGAAAAAUCACAGACAAAACUGCUUGUAACUUCCGGUAGGAGUGUCGUUGAGACAUGAAACAAAAACCUCUAUGUCGGUCUGACUUAGACCUAGAUUUCAUACACUGACAUUCUUCAGCAAAAAAUCAACAGGAAGUUGGCAAUUUCGCCCUUCUAAACAAAAGUUUAGUAAAAACAGUCACUUUUGCCUCUUUGAGCUGUAAUUUGACCCCCUUAACAUGCUUCAAAACUCACCAAAUUAGCCACACACAUCAGGACUGACGAAAAUUGCCAUCUAAUCAAAAACCAAACCGCAAAACUCAAAAUUGCGCUCGAGCGCCCCCUAGGAAAAAUCACAGACAAAACUGCUUGUAACUUCCGGUAGGAGUGUCGUUGAGACAUGAAACAAAAACCUCUAUGUCGGUCUGACUUAGACCUAGAUUUCAUACACUGACAUUCUUCAGCAAAAAAUCAACAGCAAGUUGGCAAUUCCCCCUUCUAAACAAAAGUUUAGUAAAAACAGUCACUUUUGCCUCCUUGAGCUGUAAUUUGACCCCCUUAACAUGCUUCAAAACUCACCAUAUUUGACACACACAUCAGGACUGGCGAAAAUUGCCAUCUAAUAAAAAAACCCAACCCCAAAACUCAAAAUUGCGCUCGAGCGCCCCCUAGGAAAAAUCACAGACAAAACUGCUUGUAACUUCCGGUAGGAGUGUCGUUGAGACAUGAAACAAAAACCUCUAUGUCGGUCUGACUUAGACCUAGAUUUCAUACACUGACAUUCUUCAGCAAAAAAUCAACAGGAAGUUGGCAAUUCCCCCUUCUAAACAAAAGUUUAGUAAAAACAGUCACUUUUGCCUCUUUGAGCUGUAAUUUGACCCCCUUAACAUGCUUCAAAACUCACCAUAUUUGACACACACAUCAGGACUGGCGAAAAUUGCCAUCUAAUAAAAAAACCCAACCCCAAAACUCAAAAUUGCGCUCGAGCGCCCCCUAGGAAAAAUCACAGACAAAACUGCUUGUAACUUCCGGUAGGAGUGUCGUUGAGACAUGAAACAAAAACCUCUAUGUCGGUCUGACUUAGACCUAGAUUUCAUACACUGACAUUCUUCAGCAAAAAAUCAACAGGAAGUUGGCAAUUCCCCCUUCUAAACAAAAGUUUAGUAAAAACAGUCACUUUUGCCUCUUUGAGCUGUAAUUUGACCCCCUUAACAUGCUUCAAAACUCACCAAAUUAGCCACACACAUCAGGACUGACGAAAAUUGCCAUCUAAUCAAAAACCAAACCGCAAAACUCAAAAUUGCGCUCUAGCGCCCCCUAGGAAGAAAACACAGACAAAACUUCCUCUAACUCCCAGUAGGAAUGUCGUAGAGACAUGAUAUUUUCAAUACUUUUAAAAAAAAUGCUCCAGAGAGCCACUAGGGCGGCGCUAAAGUGUUGCGGGUUACUGACCCCUGAACUAGACAUUUAAGCAUUGAAUAUUGAGAACAAUAAUAUCUGACUUAUUUUUAACAUUUUUCUGACUGAUACCAAACUUGACAUAAAAAUAAAAUAAAAUCCAUAUAUUGUAUUGGUUUUGAAAAUAAAAUUUCAGUGUUAAAAGUAAAAAAAAUAAUUGACACUUAUGAGUGGCUGAGUUUUGGAUCCCUGAGAAUUUUAGUGGGAUUUUAUUUUAAACUGCCGUUGCUCAAAAAUAAUAAUGAAUCAAAAUCAAUGUUGUGAAUUAUUGACCUAUUUAAGGCUCCAAAUCAUUUCAUAACAAAUAUUCCACUUUAAGCAUUUUUAGAGGGAAAUAUUACAUAUUUUUGGGGUUUUUUUCAUGCAUAAAAAAAAAAACUAAGUUUUCUCCAACAAAAAGGCCAUAAACCACUUAAAUUUAAAAAAAAAAAAAUACAAAUAAAAAUUGAAGUUGGUCUAGACAUUUAAGCAUUGAAUAAUGAAAACAAUAGUAAUAUCAGAAUUAUUUUUAACAUUUUUAUGACUGAGACCAAACUUGAGGGGAGCCAUAAAGGUAAAAAAAAAUCCAAAAAAAAUCUAUAUAUUGUAUUGGUUUUGAAAAUUAAAUUUCAGUGUUGAAAGUAAAAAAAAAAAAAAAAAAGUGAAUAAUAAUAGUGAAUCAAAAUCAAUGUUGCUAUGAAUUAUUGACAUAUUUAAGGCUCUAAAUCACUUCAUAACAAAUAUUCCACUUUAAAAAAUGUGGGAGAAAAUAUUUUUUUAAAAAAAUUGUAUGCAUAAAAAACUAAGUUUUCUCCAACACAAAGGAUAUACAACACUAAAAAAUAAAAUAAAUAAAAAAAUAAAA